AUUUGAUAUUAUUGAUUUGAGCAAUACAGUUUCUGAGCUCUUGUCUUGAGACGAGAGAGCUAAAGAUUUUAAAUAAUUGUCAUCCACAAUUGCUGGAUACAAUUAGUUUUGGAAUUGGAGAGGAAGUGGAAAAGAUGUACCGAUUCCACCCGCUUGGUGGGCCUUUGGUCCAAUUCUCCAAUGACUUCCGAACUGCCGAGAGACUUAAAGCAAAGACUGAUUUCGAUGGGGGGCUUGUGUUUAGCGAAGAUAAGUUGGAAACGAACACGAUUUUUCAAGUUAGAAUUGAAAAGAAGGUUGGAUUAUGGUCUGGAGGAUUAGAAAUCGGAGUUACCCAAGUAGAUCCAAAUUCUUUGACAGCUGAAACUGUCCCAAGAAGUGGGACGGAAAUGCGAAACGGUACUUGGUUGAUGACAAGCAGCACCAUUUUACACGAUAGUCAACCCAUAAUUGAGAAUUAUGGCUUCGACCUGGAGAAAUUAGAAGAAGGAGACACUGUGGGACUUAUGCGAACAAAACAGGGUGCAUUGGUAUUUUUCAUUGCUGGAGUAUCUCAAGGAGUUGCACUAUCCUUUGUCCCUGCUGAUAUCUACUGUGUUGUUAAUCUUUACGGAAAGUGUGCCAUGAUCUCACUUGUCAAUGUUAAUUUGUCUGAGCAAAGCACAAACACUGUGGAACAUGUUGUUCAUGAAGAAUUACCACAACAUCCAGAACUAGGAAAUUACUCAAAUACAGAAAACAACAGUGAAAAUGACAAACUUAGAUUCCAUACAAAUUUUGGGCCAUUAGUGAAAUUGUCCAACAAUCAGAGAACAGCGGAAAGACGAAGACCACUUGAAGAGUUCAACAACUCUGUUGUUCUAACACACAGACCACUUCGAGACGAUGAACUAUUUCAAGUGCGUAUCGACACGCUGAUCCAUAAAUGGUCGGGAUCUAUAGAAUUCGGUUUGAUCACUCAUAGUCCAGAAAGCUUUUCCGGAGUUGCGGAUUUCCCUGCAACGUUAACCGUCGUUGGAAAUGGAACUGUAAUCAUGAGUGGGAAUGGUGUCCUUCAUGAUGGAAAGGCCACAAACAGCCCGUACACAAAUUUCAACUUGGAUCAACUACAAGAGGGGGACAGAAUUGGAGUGAUGCGCAAGUCAAACGGCAAUGUGAUUUAUUUUGUAAAUGGCGAAUCUCACGGCGUUGCAACAAACAUAUCAAAUGGAGGGCCAAUUUGGGGAUGUUGUAAUCUUUACGGAAUGGCUGCAAAGGUUUCGAUUGUUGUUCGAAACGAGAGAGAAGAACACAAUUUGAGAGUCACUACAAGGAAUCCACAAGAUUUUACCACCCCUUCAUCCGUCAUGGUAAAUACGGUGUCAGCUGGGGAUGAACUCAUGUUUCACCCCAAUUGCGGAUUUCAUGCUGCGGUAAUUAAUAAUGGACGUACUGCUCAUCGACCAGAAUCGACAAAUGAUUUCAACCAUGGGGUCGUAUUGACUAAUAGAAUCUUGCACCCGAGUGAAAUGUUUGAGAUACGAUUGGAUAAGAUUGUCACUAAAUGGGCAGGAUCAAUUGAAAUUGGGGUAACAACUCAUGCACCUACGUCUUUGGAUUACCCAUGCACCAUGACGAAUGUAAGAUCAGGAACAUGGAUGAUGACGGGAAAUGGAGUGAUGCACAAUGGUCAAUCCAUUAUUGACGAGUAUGGGCAAUCAUUGGAUCGACUGAAGGUUGGAGAUUGCGUUGGUGUCUUACGAAAAGAGAAUGGCAACUUGCAUUUCUUUGUAAAUGGAGCUGAUCAAGGAUGUGCAGCUUCACACAUUCCGGAUAAUGUCUAUGGCGUCAUUGACUUGUAUGGACAGGCUGCUCAGGCCACCAUCAUAACUCACAGUGGUAUAAACAGCGACAACAAUUACACCAGUGAUAAUAUUGAAGACAGCAAAAGUGUGCGACAAUUGGGUGGGAGGUCGGUAAGUGGCGAGUCAAUGUUCUCUGGCGACUUGAAAUUCCAUCACCUGCAUGGGAAAAAUGCGAGGAUUUCGAGCAAUGGUCUCACCGCGUGCAGACCAAAUGCUUUGGGAGAAUUUAACGCAGCAAUCGUUGUCAGCUCCCGUGCUCUAAAGGAUAACGAACUGUUUGAAGUCGUCAUUGAGCGCAUGGUGGAUCGGUGGUCGGGCAACAUUGAGGCUGGAGUGACCAUGAUUAAGCCAGAAAAUUUAAUUUUUCCUAACACAAUGACUGAUCUAGUAGACGAUGGGAUUGUUCCGACGACAAUUAUGCUCAGCGGUUCUUCCAUAAUGAGUGGUGGAAACACUAUCACAAAUCGUUACCUCUGUAAUCUAGACUGCCUUAGCGUCGGGUCCAAAGUGGGAAUGAUGAGAAAAUCGGACGGAAUGUUGCAUUUCUUCAUCAACGGAGAAGACAUGGGGGCAGCUCCAAUCGAAGUUCCAUCGAGCGUCUUUGCUGUGAUUGACCUGUAUGGACAGUGUGCACAAGUGUCAAUAACUCGUGUUGGUGAUGUGUCCCUUGUUUCAUCACAAGCUGUUGACAGCCUUAGUUUCCCAUUUAAUGAUACUAGUCACCGUUUCUCGGUCUGCUGUGGGAAAAAUAUUGUCCUGAAAAAUAACAACUUGACUGCAACGCGUAUUCGUCAUUACAACAAUGCUCUAAUUUUUAGUUCGGCUCCGCUGGAUUUCGAUGAGACAUUUGAAAUACGAAUCUCGGAAAUUAAUUCCAAAUGGACCGGUGCCUUAAUGCUUGGAGUCACGUCCCUCGGUAUCAGUGAUGAGUAUCCAUCCUCACACAUUCCGGCAAAACUAAGUGCAAUUUGCUCAGACACUUGGUUCAUUAAGGAAUGCGCUGUUUACAAAAAUCACAGCCUUAUAAGAGACAACUAUUGCGUCAACCUCAACCGGUUAUGCGUAGGAGAUCGAGUUGGGGUUAAAAUAUCCCAGGAUGGAACCUUAAGAUUCCUUAUAAAUGGGGAGGAAAUGGGAUGCGCUGCGACAAAUGUCCCAAAGAGAAUGCAUGUGGCAAUUGACUUGUUCGGCUCCUGUGAAUCAGUCUUAAUCACCAGCACCAUGAAAGCAAUGACAACCUCGUCCAAAGAAGGUCUGGAUACUAAUGCACUUGCUGAGUCGGCUCUUUCGGUUCCAGAAGAUAAUUCUCCAACACAACCAGGCCCCAGUUCACCAAACACAGCUAUAAUCCCCUCUACAACUACAAAACGCUAUUCGUCCCCACUUGCAUUUUCUAGCAAUCACAGUCGCAACAUUGAACUACUCAAUGGAAAUUUCACAGCUAAACGGACGUCUGGAUACCAAGGUUUUGUAUUUAGCAAUCAGAUCCUACAAAAAGGGAAAAUUUUUGAGAUAAGAAUUGAUCAAAUUAAUCCAAAGUGGACAUCAAAUUUGAUGGUUGGCGUUCUAGAAUGCAAUCCUGAACGAAUUCAAUUUCCAUUCAACGCAUUAGGUUUGAAAAAAGCAUGUUGGCUUGUUAUGGGAGAUGAUGUAUUUCGAAAUGGAAUAAGAACUUCAGAAAAAAUUGGAGUUGACCUCAACACUCUCAAAGUGGGACAAACCGUUGGGUUGAUGGUUGAUUCUGCACACAAUUUACACAUAAUUGUAGGCAGCAUGGACAAUGUGAUUGCAUGUAAUGUCGGAUCAAGGUGCAGAGCUCUUGUUGUUUUGUAUGGAGAAGCAGAGCAGAUAACAAUUCUUGGGAAGGAAGAGGAAAAGGAAUUAUCAUUGAAGAAUGAGCUGACAGAGAAAGAAGUGUUGGUCGGAAUCUCAAGAUCGUCAAUAGAUUUAAACCCAAGAAAGUUUUGUGAAUAUUUAGAUGCCUGCUUGCGCUUUAAACGCUCCCUGGUCAUUCCAGAUGCAUUUUUUGUUCCAACGGAACCCACCGUAUGUUUUUGUGAGCCAUGUAUAAAAUCUCGAGGUGAGAAGGAGCUGAUUGGCAAGCAAGGGGAUCCGCCAGUGGAAUACACAUUGCCACUGGGUUGGGUUAGAUUCCCGAUUAACAUUAUUAUAGAUAACCUCACCAGUAGCACUUCUUGUAAUCAAAAUGCGAGCGGAGCAAUGACAACGAGCACUAGCAGCUUGAGCAACGUUUUGACUACUUGGCAUGUAGCGUAUCAUGGCUUGGAAAUCUUUCGCGUGCGCGACGUCAUGGAUUGUGGUCAACUUAUUGCCGCUGAUGGAGAAACUGCUUGUGAGGAGGAAAAGGAUGAAAAAUCUGACAAUGCUGAACUGAUAUUUUCCAACGUAUUGGAGUAUGCUGCCAUUCCCGAGUUUUCACCAACACAUUCCUUCAUUGAUUCGAGGACAAGGAAAAGAUUAGAUGCUCGAGUAGCUCUUCAAAUUCUCGUUCAACCAAAUUCAUACAAAGUCGGCUCCCCGACCCACCCAAUGCCAAGUCGUCUCUUAACAGAGGGGGGAAUAAAUUUGGACAAUAUACAAUGGUCGACGAAAGAACAAGGAUCAACCCAUGUUUCCGCACUUUUGGUCAAACUUGGUGGAUACUUCAAUGACUAGUCCUUUACCGAUUUUGUGUUUUUAUUUUUACUAGUUGUGUACUUAUUCUAGUCUGGUAACUGUUUUGCCGUAUAUAUUUGUAAUGCAUUGACUGAAUUUUACAUACUUUUGCACCCAAAUAAACAAAAUCUAUUUACAAUA